AUGGCUACAAUUGGUAAAGAAGCAGUAAUUGAAGAAGAUCCAAACUCUAAGUUUCUUGUAGAACCAGCUACUCCACUUCCAAAAUCCUGUCUAUGGAAGAUACUACAAAGAUUUUAUGAAGUAAAAUCAAUAGAUGCUUGGCGUGAAAAUAAAGUGCCAAGUUUUAUUACUUCAAAUACCCGUCUUGCAAAAUGUUAUGCUAGAUUAAUUCAUAAUUAUAUACUUGACUUUAAUUCAAAUAAUGACUUUAGAAAAGUACAAAUAAUUGAAGUUGGCGGUGGCCAUGGUAGAUUUACAUAUAUAGUUUUAAGAGCAUUAGAGAAGUAUGAAAUAAUAUGGAAUGAUUUAGGAUAUCCAGAUAUACCUUUUAAAUAUAUUUUUACUGAUAUCACUAAAGAAAAUAUUAACUUUUUAUCAGAUAAAGGAAAUGUUUUAAAUGAAUUUUCAGAAAAAAAGUGGCUUGAUUUUGCACUAUUUGAUGCAAAUAAUAAUACUCCAGAUGACAUAAUUAUUGGAACUGAUAAAAAAGAAAAGAUAAAAUCAGAUUCACCAAUAAUUUUAAUUUGUAAUUAUGUCUUAGAUUCAUUAUUAACAGAUUCAAUAGCAAUAGAAUCUUUUGAUAAUAUUUACAGAUCAUUAGUUUCAGUAUAUUCUAUAAAUAAAGAAGAUGAUAUAACACAUCCAGAUAUUACAAAUAGAAUGUCAUUACAAUGGUCUUGGUUAAAAGUAGAUUUAAAUGAAUCUAUAUUAAAUAACAGAGAUGAGAAUAUGAAUGUGAUAGAUAAUUUUAAUAAUAAUAAUAUAUUAGAAGAUAUUAAAAGUGAUAAUAAAUUGGAAUAUAUUGAAAAUGAUGAAAUAAUGAGAUCCGUAAUUAAAUCAUAUAUUUCAUAUAAUAGGAAAUUAUCUUUUGUAUUACCAAUUGGUGCUAUAAAAAUGUUAAGAAAUUUUCAUGAAUUUAGUAAUGGGAAUUUACUUGUAUUAAUUGGUGAUAAAGGAUAUCCAGAUGAAUCUGAAUUUAAUAGUAUACGUAUACCACAUAUUGCUAUCCAUGGAUGUAUGAGUUUUAUGGUAAAUUUACAUGCAAUAAAAUUAUAUUUUGAUUUUCUUGGAGGAUAUUCUAUUGCAACAAGAUAUAAAGAUACUUUCCAAAUUACUUGUAUAUCAGGUAAAAAUAAGUCAAAUAUACCAAGAACUAUUGCUUCUUUUAUAGAUUCAAUGGAUGAAUUAAUUCCUGAUACAUUACUUAAUAUUCAAAGAAGUUUUGAAACAAGGAAUAUUUUAAAUUAUAAUACAGACUUAACAAAUAAAAUUUGUUAUCAUUUCAAUCCUGAAUUAAAAACAUUUUUAAGUAUAUUACGAUGUAGUGGACAUGAUCCAUAUGUUUUUUGGAUGUUAAGGAGAGGAAUAUUAGAUAAUAUAAAUAAUCUAAAUAUUCGCCAGCGUAGUGAUAUUUUAUAUGAUUUAAAACAGGUUUAUAAAAAUAUAUAUCCAUUAGAAAUUUCAAUUGAUGUAUGUGAUAUAUUAGCACAAGUAUGUUUAAAAAGUGGUUUUGUUUCCGAAGCAAUUUUUUAUUUUAAACAAAGUCUAAUAUUAUAUCCUAAUUCUAUUCAUCCAUCAACAUAUAUUAAUCUUGCUAAAUGUUACCAAUCCAAAAAAGAUCAGAUUAAUUCCAAAUAUUAUUGCGAAAAAGCAUUAGAAAUAGAUGAUAAGUAUCAACCAGCAAUAGACUUUAGGUCUGAAUUUUUAGAUUUAUCUAAAAGUAUUUCUUAUAUAAUAAUAGGAUGUACAACUAGUUGGUUAUUUAUGGAUAUAAUACCAACAUUACAAUUUGAUACAAUGUAUAAUUGUAUUGGAAUUUUUCCAAUAAUAAAUUCAUAUAAUAAAUGCCUUGAUUUAUAUAAAUAUUUUAAAGAUAUUGGAUAUAAUAACCAUCAUCUUGAUGAAUUAAUUCUUUUUGAUGGUAAUAAAGACUUUUCAUUAGAUAAUUUUGAUUAUUUAUCUUCUGUAUUAGAGUCAAGACCAGAUAUUGAAGCAGUAAUUUUAGAUAUUCCUAUUAAUAUGAUGAAACAAUACCUUAAAGUUAUUUGGAAAUAUAAUAAACAUGUAAUGACUAGAUCACCAUUUUGUAAUUGUGUUAUGGAAGCUUAUCAAUUAUUAUCAUUACAUAAAUCAUCUAAGACGAUAUGGUUUGAUUAUUCACCAGUAAAAUACGAAACUAUAUUAUUUCAAAUGUAUAAUAUAUUAAAAAAAUUUGGAACUUUAAGAAGUAUUAAUGUAAAAUAUUUCUUACCACUUGAAGAUGAAAAUUAUCAAGAUAUUAAUAAUGAAAUAUUUUAUAGAAUUAUUCAAUGUUUAUCUUCUAUUCAUAUUAGUAUUGAUGGUACUCUUAUAUGGAUAUAUGCUCCAAAGAAUGAUCAAAAUGGUAAAAAUAAUCGAGUUAUUUAUUGUUCUUGGAAAUCUUAUCUUUCAAUAAAACAUAAUAGUGGAAAUAAUACAGAUCUAAAUAAUGAUGAAUUAACUAAUAAUUAUUUUAUAGAAUUUCAAACUGAUGAUGAUACUUCUAAUUUUAAUGAUUUAAAUGAAGUACAGUGCAAAAUAGAUCUUGAUAUUGUCCCAUGGGAAAAAUGUUGUAUUGAAUAUUAUUUUAAAUGCAGUCAAGCAGAUAUUACCUUGAGAAAAGAAGGUCCAGUAUGGGAUUUAAAUGUUAAUACUGAGAACCAAGUCUAUGUUUCUAAAAUUCAAUGUAUUGGUUUACAAACAGCAAAUAAUAAAUUUAGAAAAUUAUGUAAAGACACUGAACUUAAUUAUAGAUUAGAUGAUUCAAUAGGAUAUACUGCAUGGUGGGAAGCUAUUGAACAAUCUUCUGAUGCUCCAGUUAGAUUAUUAUAUAAUUAA